AACUGGUGAAAUAUAUGUGGUUGUAGUUUGUUCUCUGUGUUUUUAGGAGUGAGGAACUGUAGAUGUGGUCAUUUCUGCAUGUUUAUUUCAGGAGAGAACAGAGAGAGAAAGUCGAAUAUCCAGCGAAUGUCCACACAGCUCACAGCUGAGCACUUCCUGAUUGAAACCUGAAAGUAAAGUGGAGCAGCAGCGCUGUAGGAGAAGACGGACCGAGAGAGAGAGAGAGAGAAUCACACAGUAACAGAGACUUUAUUACACACGUGCACAGAAAUCCAGAGUAACAGCUCUGUGAUGGGUGUUCAUCACUCCAGCAGUGGAGGAGGAAACUCUGAUCCACCGUUAAAGCAUGCAGGAUCUCCAGAACCCAGCCAUGUGUCUAUGAAGAGUGACCGGUCCCUACCUGAGCCUCCUGGAUUCAGCAGAGGAGGAGGAGAACCCAGCUGUGUGUCUAUGAAGAGUGACCGGUCCCUACCUGAGCCUCCUGUAUUCAGCAGAGGAGGAGGAGAACCCAGCUGUGUGUCUAUGAAGAGUGACCGGUCCCUACCCGAGCCUCCUGGAUUCAGCAGAGCAGGACGAGAACCCAGCCGUGUGUCUAUGAAGAGUGGCUGGUCCAUGCCUGAGGAUCCUGGAUUCAGCAGUGGAGCUGUGCCCUCUGACCCAAAGCUGAGCUCCACAGAACCUACACUGCAGAUAAACGCUCUGUUGGAGGAAACUGGAGACCUGAAUCAGGAUUCUUACCAACCAGUGGAUGAUGAUCUACACAGAGUCUUACAGAGACACAAAACCAGCAUGAAGAACAAGUAUGAGAGCUUAUUUGAGGGAAUCAGAACAGAAGAGAAUAAAACCCUCCUGAACAGGAUUUACACUCAGCUCUACAUCAUAGAGGGAGAGAGUGAAGGAGUGAAUGAAGAACAUGAGGUUCUACAGAUGGAGAAAACAUCCAGGAGACGCUUACAAGACUCUCCAAUCAACUGCUUAGACAUCUUUAAACCUCUACAAGGUCCUGAAGGAGAAACACGAGAAGAGACCAUUAGAGCUGUGGAGGCUGACAGACUCAGACACAGAGAAAGAAAAGAUCACAGACCAGAAGAGCCAGAGCUCAGAGCUGCUCUGACUAAAGGCAUCGCUGGAAUUGGAAAAACUGUCUCUGUGCAGAAGUUCAUUCUGGACUGGGCUGAAGGAAAAGCCAAUCAGGAUGUAGAGCUCAUGAUUGUGCUUCCGUUCCGGGAGCUGAACCUGAUUAAAGAUGAUCAAUACAGUCUUCAUGGACUUCUGUGUGACUUCCAUCCUGAGCUCAAAGAUCUGGACCCAGAGAUUCAUGAUCAGAUCAAAGCUGUGUUUAUAUUUGAUGGUCUGGAUGAAAGCAGAAUUCCACUGAACUUUGAACAGUGUGAGAAAGUAUCUGACAUCACCAUGACAUCAUCAGUGGGUGUGUUGAUUACAAACCUCAUCAAAGGAGAGCUGCUUCCCUCUGCUCUGAUCUGGAUCACCUCCCGACCAGCAGCAGCCAAUCAGAUCCCUCCUAAAUACAUCAACCGUGUGACAGAGAUUCAGGGAUUCAGUGACCCACAGAAGGAGGAGUACUUCAGGAAGAGGAUCAGUGAUGAAGACCAAGCCCAGAGAAUCAUCUCCCACAUUAAGACAGUGAGGAGCCUCCACAUCAUGUGCCACAUUCCAGUCUUCUGCUGGAUCUCAGCCACUGUUCUUCAGAGAAUCAUGAAACAGCGUCAUACAGAAAUCCCUAAAACUCUGACUGAAAUGUACUCACACUUCCUGAUCACUCAGACCAACAUGAAGAACGAGAAGUAUGAGAAGAAAAGAGAGAGAAACCCAAAGAAGCUGCUGAAAUCUAACAGAACCGUUCUUCUGAAACUGGCUGAACUGGCUUUCAAACAGCUGAUGAAGGGCAAUGUGAUGUUCUAUGAAGAGGACCUGAGAGAGAGCAGCAUUGAUGUCACUGAGGCCUCAGUGUAUUCUGGGAUUUUCACUGAGAUCUUUAGGGAGGAAUGUGUGCUUCACCAGAGGAAGGUCUACUGCUUUGUCCAUCUGAGCUUUCAGGAGUUCCUGGCUGCUGUUUAUGUGUUUCACUGCUACAAGAGCAAAAACAUGAAGGAACUGCAGAUACUUAACCCAUGGGGCAGAGAGAGGUUUCGAAAUGUUUCACUGGAUGAGCUGCUGAUGGGAGCAGUGGAUAAAGCUGUAGAGAGUCAGAAUGGACACCUGGAUCUUUUUCUCCGUUUCCUGCUGGGCCUCUCACUGGAGUCCAAUCAGAGACUCCUACAGGGUCUGCUGACCUCAACACAGAGCAGCUCAGAGAGAACCAGGGAGCACAUCAAGAGUUUAAUCAAAGGAGAUGAUGGUCAAAUCUCCACUGAGAGAUCCAUCAGUUUAUUCCUCUGCCUGUCUGAAGUGAAUGACCUGUCUCUCUCCAGAGAGAUUCAGGAGUAUCUAACCUCAGAGAGACACUUGGUGGAGAAACUCUCUCCUGGACAGUGUUCAGCACUAGCCUAUAUGCUCUUGAAUUCAGAGGAGGUUCUGGAUGAGCUGGACCUGAAGAAGUACAACACAUCAGAGGAGGGUUAUAGGAGACUGAUCCCAGCUCUGACUGUCUGCAGGAAAGCUCGAUUGCCUAGUUUUGUGGUUACAGAUGAAUACUGUUAUCUUUUGGCUUUAGCUCUGAAAUCAAACCCCUCCCACCUGAGAGGACUGGAUCUGACCCUUAAUCACCCAGCAGAGUCAGGAGUGAAGCUGCUCUCUGAUCUAAUGGAGGAUCCACACUGUGCACUGGAGAAACUACAAGUGCAUCUUGGAGAGACGGUCAUGAUCAAACUGGGGCUAAAGAAAUAUUUCUGUGAGCUCACCCUGAACCCAAAUACAGUAAGCACAGGUCUCUGUCUGUCUGAGGGGAACAGAAAGGUGGAGAGUGUGAGUGAGUGGCAGCCGUAUCCGGAUGAUCUGGAGAGAUUUGAUUACUGUAAUCAGGUUCUGAGUGUGGAGAGUCUGACUGGACACUGUUACUGGGAGGCUGAGUGGAGCAGGAAGGCUGUUAUAGCAGUGGCAUAUAAAGGGAUCAACAGGAAAGGAGAUCUUAAAGAAAGUGGAUUUGGAUACAAUAAUCAGUCCUGGAGUCUGAAAUGCUCUGAAAACAGUUUUUCUGUAUGGCACAAUAAUCAAAAAACUGCCACACCUGACCCCCUUUACCACUCUAACAGAGUAGGAGUGUACCUGGACUGGUGGUCUGGCACUCUGUCUUUCUAUACCAUCUCCCCUAACACACGAACACUGACCCACAUACACACAUUCACCACUACAUUCACUGAGCCGCUCUACGCUGGAUUCUGGGUUGGCGAUGAGUCCUCAGUGCAUCUGUGUGAGAGACAGAAUAGAGUCCAGGAGACACACCUGAGCCUUCAGGGAACAAACUAUUCUCUACACCUCUGAAGUGUAAUGAGUAAGAAAUGCAUAAGAAAUUUUAUUUCUUUUGGUCACUAAUGAUGUCACUGUCCAACUACAUACACUGU